GUGCCACGGAUAUAUGAUUGGUGUUUUUAACUUCAAGUUGAUGUUAUUUGGAAAGGUUAUUUAAUCAUUUUGCGGGUGGCAGUGUUCAAAAACAGAUAUCUACUUGUAUAUGUUACCCGACUAAACAGCUUGAUAUAUUAUUCCACGAGGGAGAGUGUGGAUUUUAUUACCACUUGAUGUGCUCUGCCGUAAAUGCAACAAAAUAGGCCAGACAGACAGGUUCAGAUUAUACAGAAGAUUGACAGCACACCGCAACAAAUAUCAAGCGAGGUUUUAAAUUUUAAUGCUGACAUGUCGUCAACAAAACAGUGUAUUUCGUGCAAUCGCGAGAUGCCAGUCUCAAAUGAAUCAUGUGUUUGUGGCCACGUGCUAUCUGAUAUAAAAUCUUUGGAAGGAAAGCGAUAUUCUGGAUAUCGUGAGGAACUUUACAGUCGUUUAGAGAUCAGAAGGAUCUUGGAAGAUUCAGAUGAUAAACCAAAGCGUUCGAGGCUAAAGCAAAAGUCCACUUCGUCUGAAAAACAGAACUUUAACAGCCUACACAAACCACAAAUGAAACGACGUCACAAACGCAAAUCACCAGGCCCCCAACAUUUGACCUCGAACACGGGACAAGAUCACAGUCAAAAGUCUCAGAUGAAGAGUUUCACAGCAUCACAACAGGAGAAUAUUGAUGAUAAUCUGGACAAAUGGUAUCUUAAUCCGCGAUUUAACUUUGCAGAUGCUUUAGCUGAUAUCAAUAAACGAUUAAUUAGUCAGACAUCGUUCUGGAUCAGAUUAUAAUGAACCCUGAGAAUUUUACUUCCAUAUAAACCAGAUUAAUUUUGUCUAACCAUUCACGAUGAUCGUUGUUGUGUUAAUGUAAAUAGUCGAUACGAUACCUAUACAGGUAUGAAGGUGGACCUAUACAUUUUUUGAAAUAUGACCUAUCAAUGACACAAUUUUUCGAGUUCUUGCUAGAGGAAAAUUUUGUACGACACACAUGCAUAUAUCAAUAAUAUUAUAAAGUCGACUCGGAAAUUGUUGACAAAAAUGACAUUACCGCGUUAUGGUAAUCAUGCAUGACAUUUCAAUGCGUCUGACCAAUCUGUCCGGCCUUAUUUUCCACCAAAAUUUAGAUUCACAGACUUUUGGCGGUUUCAGUUUCAAAAAAAUAUCGAAGUAUGGCAUGCAUGCAAAAGGCUAGUCGAUUAAAGCUAAACACUUAUCUGAAAGCAAACGGUUAGGGCUGGAGAAUGAUGCCUGUUAUCGGCGAUCACUGGAGAACAAUUAAAGCUUCGAAAAAUUUUUCUUCGUCACCGGGCACAAGCAAUCAUAUCGCCGACUGUCGGUGAUUAAUAAGAACCAGAUUUGAAAAAUAAAGUUUAAUUUUCAUAAUAGACAUUACUAGUUUUUUCUAUACGCAUUAUGCAUUCUAUACAUGCAUGCAAGCAACUAAUAUAACAAGGAACGAAUCCACUCUUUAAUUUCCGACAAACCUUCACGUUUCUGCUUCAAUGCUUAUGCAUGAUAAGUUAUUCGAAGUCGGGACCGGUGUAUUACCAAAAUUUUUGACAAAGAGAGCUCUGUGAUAUACAUUACCUGCAGACAAUUGUUACAAAUAUGAUUUUCUUAGAAUAGAAAUCGCAUCGUAUAUAAAUCAGGUUUUCCAAAUUAAUUCAAGGAAAUUUCCUUCACACAAGACCAUCACUCAAGAGGAAAGAGUCAAUUUUAGUAGGAUAAAUUCAGUUAGGUUAUUAUUUUUUAGAAGUUCUUUGCCUCUCUUUUCUAAUCCCAUUCCAUAUCAGGGCUGCCAUAUACAAAUAAAUUGUUGAACACAGGCCUAAAUACCCCCGUCGGGAUACUUCCGGUUCCCGUUAACGGGUACAGGUGGCACACUGUUUUAUCAACGGAUUUUUUUUUCGUUUAUACAAAGCUCCUAGUUUUAAUAAUUCGUCUAAAGUUGUUUAUUGUCGGUAGUCAGUGUUUCAUAAAUGCUUGCAUGCAUGGGAAAAACUUCAUUGAAUACAAUCAGUAAUCCUAUACGAUAAUUGAACCAGGUUAGCCGUUAGCUUUGAUGAGUCAAAUCUUUUUCCAGCUCUGCGUUUAAUAAAAUUUCGAGAUAUUAAGCACGAAAAAUGGAUAAACUUAGACUUUUCAUAAAUGGGGAAUCCCUGAACAAAACCGACCGGGAUCGGGGUAUCUUUAUGUUUACAUGAGGGUGCAUAUUCAUUAUUAUGUUUUCAUACGUAGGAACAAUAUAUAGUUUUCAAUAGUCGGACGUAUGAAGAUCUUCAUUUAGCCGUAAUUAAUUUAUUUACCCGAAGUUUGCAAACGAGCGCAUGCAUGUAAUUAUCUGGACUAUUUCACGCACAUUUGCGCUCAUCUCCGUGUUGGGGCAUUGAUAUUCAAACAAUAAUUCGAGGCAGUCAGUUUAGAGUUCAUACUACGACCUAUCCCAAACCACUAAACUCCGUCUAAAUUCAAAGCAAGAUCAUACACCGAUACACGUAUAGGUUGCCUACGGUGACGGCUUCGACAUUCUUUAGAUGAACUGUAAAAAAGAAAAUCUGCAUAUUCCCUAAGCAACCCAAAUACCUAACUUACAACAAGCUGAAAACAAUAGAUACGGCGACAAUUGCGAAAUCUUGAAAACAUAUAAAUACAUGGGUAGUAUUUGUG